AGUACUGUUCAGACCUCUUAUUUCAUUUGACGGAAUCGUGUCGAGUGGAUAUUCAUAAUAAAUUCACUGACGUGGGCUUAUAUGUCUUUAAAUUUACAUACUAUACAUAUAUUGUGCAGCAGAAAACAAAAAUUGUGUGUUACAUAUUCUAGUGCUUUAUCAAAAUAAAAUAAUGGCCCUAAAAUAUUGCUUACAGCUUAGCCAAUGCUGGUGCUAAGAUAACUUAAUGCCAAAAAGCUUCACAUUAGUUUAAUCAUUGCAAAUUAUAAUCAAGUGACAAACAAACGAUUCUUAAAAGAAACCAAUUGUUUAAAAAGUGCACCAAAAAUGAGUCAAGUUCAUUAAAUUUGAGUUAACGCUUAGAUUAAAGAUUUUCGUAUGUCAGCGUCAAAUUUAAUUGAUCCAUCACUUAAUGAACGGCGAUGCUUUCGAGCACUACCAGACGAACAGGAGACUAAUUUGGGUAAUGAAGCGGACUUGGUUAUGAGUUUAUCUCAAAAGGACUUACUUAUACCAACAGCGGGUUCUCAGCAGCACCAAUUGGAUCCACUCUCAAAACAUAAUAUAAACGAUAUAUCGACACAGAACACGGUUACCGCUGCAGCCGCUGUCGCGGUUGCACAUCACCACCAUAGUCUGUCUAGUAUUCAGCAUCUGCAAAACCUGCACAGCCAACAUCAAAACACUUUAUUCAACAACAAUCACUCAACACCGUUCAGUGUGACCGAUAUUCUAAGUCCAAUCGAGGAGUCAUACCGCAAACUGGAAAUAAACGGCAACCCGCCGUCUCCGUUUCGAUCCAAUUCAAGUGGUAGUAGUAUUAAUUCUCCUGGAACAAUAACCACAUCAACCAUGGCGAACCCCUAUGCCAUGGGAUCUCUGUAUCAUAGUCCAGGAGUACAAAGCUACUGCGGACCUACAGAUAAUCUCUCAUUGGCGGGACACUACACAGAUAUGAGAGGAUCAGCUUCCUGGUAUGGAUCAACUGCAAAUGAUCCCAGAUUUGCAAUAUCGCGCCUUAUGAGCUCAUCAGCUGGUGGAUCGAUGGGUCACAUGGGCAAUAUGACUGGCUUGGCUGCAUGUAGUGUAAGUGAUGCGAAACCAUUGCAGUUUCCUCUGGCACAAAGACGAAAGCGACGGGUUCUUUUUACGCAAGCUCAGGUUUAUGAGCUCGAGAGAAGAUUUAAGCAGCAACGAUAUUUGUCGGCCCCCGAGCGAGAACAUUUAGCAAGUCUCAUCCAUUUGACGCCAACACAAGUUAAGAUAUGGUUUCAAAAUCAUAGGUAUAAGUGCAAGCGACAAGCAAAGGAAAAGGCAAUGGCUGAGCAAAAUCAACAUAAUCAGUCUGCAAGUUCCCCAAGACGCGUCGCUGUUCCAGUUUUAGUAAAGGACGGAAAACCUUGCUCUGGAGCAAGCAACGCAGCUCAACCACAGUCGCAUACAAACAGCUCCUCAACUUCUGGCAACAACAGCAAUAAUAGCAAUGGUAAUGCCAAUGGCGUUACUGGAACGUCAUCAGUUACUGCCAAUGUACCGAACGUCCUAAAUCUCAUCCCAGGAGAUGCACCCAGCUCACACUCACCUGAUACAUCGUCGUCUCUGAUAGCAAGCUAUGGUGGGACAGUUGGGGGAUCUAAUGCGUCUAUGUUACAACAACCCUGCAAUAAUGCUCUCAUGUCAAAUAGUUUAGCGAUGGCUUAUCGAAACCAAAAUAAUUUUAUUUCGAAUGGGCAUCAGCAGCAGUGUGGAGGUUAUCUACCACUGCAAGGUAGAGCAUGGUAAAAUCAUCAUCAUCAUCUUUAUAUUCUUUUGGUUCUGUUGAAGUGUACUCAAUUCAGUUAUGUGUAAAUCAGCUGACAAAAGAAAUUUUGAAAUACAUACAGCUAUAUUUGAGAUCAAUUUCAUAAAAUGAAAUUUUUGCUUUAUAUACUAGCAAUAGUAAAUAAGUUCUUAAAUAAAUAUACAUACGUCUCCAACAACCUCGAAGAAAAAAACAAAUUAUUAGUAAUAAAUGUAUAUAUUUAUAGGUCAAUGUAUUAUACAAUAAACUGAAAACUUAA